AUGGUUCAUAUUCCCCAAAAGUUGAUCGUUCAUUAUCACCACUGUUCUAUAAGAGAUGUUGGUGAAAUUUUUCUAGACUGCUUAACCGUUCAACUGCUUUUUUUGAAAACCGUUUUGAAUUGUCCUUUCGUUCAUCUGGUGGGGGAGGCACACCCCCUCAGCAGUUAUGGGUCUUACCCCUACGCCUUCAACACACUGGAGGGGAAUAUCCUCUUUGGAGCGGACAUUAUCGACUACAUGAAAAAUGUUUACCUAUUUGACUCGAUUGAGUAUGAACCCUACUUUGGAGUAGUAAACGAGUUGAAGGCAAUUUUGGAGUACUUCCUCUGGGUGGAUGACGAGAUUUACAACAACUUUACCCAAAAGAUUUACAAGAAUAGAUUCUUCUAUUUGUAUUAUAUUUAUCUGACGAGAAGACUACGACGGGAAAACUACGAAAAGUGUCAAAUGGCUGGGUUGGAUAACCACAAUUUGAGUAUAACCAGGUUGAAGACGAUUUUAAGCAUCUUGGUGGAGGUCCUAUGCAGUGAGAACAAUUCCACCGGGGAAGGACGCGAUGUCUGCUACUUCGACUCCGUGUGCUUCUCCGUCCUGUCCAUACUUUAUUCCCUUCCGUCGAAAUUCAACGAGGACCUGCAGCGUGCACUGCUCUCAAAACCGAGCCUGAUCGAAUUCGUGAGGAACCUUAACCGACGGUACAGGGUAUGGGAAAAUGAAAAAUCGUUCCUGCAAGGGGUUAGCGAAGCGAAGUGUUUGUCUCCCGGGUGA